AUGCACUCCCCCGACGACGCCCUCGCCUUCGCAGGCUUCGAGGGCUGCGCCAGCAACCGCGAGUUCUACUGGCACCUCGCCGCCGACAAUGAAGCCCUCUGGGACCGCUGGCCCAGCGUCACCAGCUGGCAGUGGUCUCCUGCCGAAGACUGCGACGUCCGCCCCUUCAGCGCCGCCGCACUCAUCAAGGACAUGGUCGAGAACGGCGGCUGGCUCCUCAUUGGCGAUUCCGUAACCGAAAACCACUUCUUCUCGCUCUCCUGCGAACUCUACCCACACGUCCUGGCGACGCCCGACUACUCCUCCGGCGGCUCCUUCGACCGCGCCUGGCCGCAGCACCUCUACCUCUCGCCCGCCUCCCCGCUGCUCCCGCACCUCGCCCUCCCACCAUCCUUCGACGUCGCCAAGACCCCGCUCGUCACCUUCCGCCGCGUCGACCUGCUGCUCGACCAGGCGGAGCUCGAGGCGCUGUACGCCGCGACGCGGCCCACCCUCGCCGAGGCGCGCCCGCUGUUCAGCGCGGAGCAGUUCUGGAGCCUCGGGCCGCGCGCGUACGUGCGCGAGCUCUUCCUCGGGGCCUUGCCGGAGCACAACUACGGCACGCUGGUCAUCAGCACCGCCGGGCACUGGACGACGACGCUGAUGUCCGGGUUCGCGGACGACGCCGCGCCCGGGCGCGGGAUCGACGGCGUGCUGGACUUUUUCGGCGACGCGAUGGGCGUGUGGGCGCGCGAGGUGCAGGGCCUGCUGGACGAGUGGGCGGCGAACCGCACCCGCACCCACACGCGCUGGGGCGGGGGCAGGGCGCCCGCGAAGAAGCAGGUCGUGGUGCGCGCGUACCUGCCCGGGCACGAGGACUGCCACGACGAGCGCGAGCCGUGGGCGGUGUGGAAGCCGUUCGUGUGGGGGUGGUACAACUGGGCGAGCAUCGGCGAGUUUAAUCGGCGGUUCGAGGACGUGCUCAACUCGACGCGCUACCCCGACAUCCACUUCCUGCCGAUCGACCGCCCGGCGCUGCUGCGGCCCGACGCGCAUUCCGCGGGCGACUGCCUGCACAUCAUGACCGGCGCGGGCGUGCUCGAGGGCUGGACGCACUAUAUCUGGCACUACAUCACGCGCGAGCUGCCGGGGUGGUAG